GACGCGCCCUCAGUGUCGUAGGAUUCAUUGAUCAGUGUGGUGUGUUCGCAUUGUUGCUCUCAAGUUUUGGUGGUUUUUCGGUUGUAUUUGAUUAGUUUUGUAUUUAACGAAAUAAAGUGAAACUCUCGGGCUCAUCCAGGGCCCUCCCCCUCCCUCGCGAAGGAAUAAACAAAAAUGCAGCCAAGGAUAUACCUGUUUCUGGCGUUCGGUGGCGUUAUUUUGUCGGGAUGCAACGCUGCUGCACCAGAGAAGGACCAACAACAGCAGAAUAGCAAAGAAAGGUCGGCGGGGAGCGUGUCGUACAAUUCAUACCCAGACGACGACAUUUACUUGGAGGAUCAGGGGGAAUUUGAAGGAUCAGGACGCGGGGGCGGUGAAGUUCGCGACGACCUCGAAGCUUCCGGAAGUGGCCUUGGUCCUGACGAUGAGGAUGGUGAAGACGGGAGAUCAUUCAUCCCAAGCAGAAAAGAACCAGUGCCAAAGAAGGUCGAAACAAAGGCCCCAUACGUCGAAGAUACUGUCGACAGAACAAAGCAGCCUGUCAUUGAGACAGUAAACAAACCAGAUCCCGGAGUUGAUGUGAAUGAGCCUUUGGGCGAAUACGACCACGACGAAGACACCGGAGACAGUAACGACCCCCUCAUGAAUCCUAAGCAGGAGGACCGUACAAGUUCUUUCUUUGCACAACCUGGCAUCUUGGCCGCUGUUAUCGGAGGUGCAGUCGUUGGACUACUUUGUGCAAUCUUAGUGGUAAUGUUCAUUGUAUACAGGAUGCGUAAGAAGGAUGAAGGAUCUUACGCGCUGGAUGAACCUCGUCGAUCUCCCGCAGCCCAAGCAUAUCCAAAACCCGGAGCGCCACACCAUAACCGAGAGUUUUAUGCUUAGAGCAAUGGUUGUCUAGAAACUGAUUCAUACCCUUCACAGCCUCAAGAUAGAUACUGACUAAUUGGCAAUUACACUUGUCAGUACGAAAAACAAUCUUGACACUGUAUUCAGAAAAAAAUCAUAAUUGGAAAUUCCAAAUUAUUCCAAAGCUCGUUGAGACAGCGCGCUUAUGUUAGGGAUGGACGUGAACAAUUAUAAAUUAAAAUUUCCUUUCAUUUAUGUAAUUACUCUAAAAUUUUUGACGCCUAUUCGAACAAUAAUAGAUUCCACUGGGCAAUGACUACAUUCACGUACAAGCAGUGUUCUAUAUACUUGACGCCAUAUACGAAUUCCUUCUUCAAGAGUAUCAAAUAUUGAAUUCACACAUA